UAGUGCUUCAGGUGACGUGCGUCACCUGAGGCACCCAACGCAAACUAAAAACAACACCACUUCUGAUGAGAACUUGGGUGGAGAUGAUGGCAGCCCACAGAAGAGUGACCCCAAACAGGAAAAUGGGGUCCCAGCCUCUUCAGCCACCUCCACCACCACAGCAAAAGGCAGGGAGAGAGCCAAUAGCCCUCCUUGUUGGCAUAGGUGUUUCUACUGGUGCAAGAAAAACAAGGUGCCCAGUGAGAACACCUGCGGGAACCCCAAAGAGGAAAAUGGGGUCCCAGCCUCUCCAGCAACCUCCGCCACCAUGAGUAAAAAGGAGAGAGCCAAUAGUCCUCCUUGGUGGCGUAGAUGGCCCUUCCGUCGCUGCAAGAUUGCACCAGUUGAUGAGGCCACUGGCAGCAGCACGGAGAUUAAAGAGCAGGUACAGGAGGGACAGCGCAGCACUGGCAGGACGGCUGAAACCCCCACACCUGCCUCUGCCAGUUGUUCCGCUAAAAAGGAGUCUGUGGCCCCUGUCCUGCCCAGCCAGAGCCUCACUAAGAACCAUGUUGUCUACCUCGGGCUCCCCAACUUGGCACAGACGUGCUAUAUGAACUCCAGCCUGCAGAGUCUCCUGACUCUGAGAAGUUUCACUCAGGAGCUCAGCAACCAGUUCAGGAUCUGGAGUUCAGCCCCUGGAGCUGAAUUGAUCAGGGGACUUGUGGACGUCAGUGUGUCUCGAUACACAGACGCUGACGUUCAAAAACGUCAUGUCCUCAAGUCCUUCAAGAGGAUGGUCUCAGCCCAGGUGCCCGAGUUUGCUGACAACAGCCAAAAAGACGCCCAUGAGUUCCUCAGCUGUGUCCUGGAGCAGCUGAGGUCUCUGUCUCCCCAGCUACAGGAGGUAGCAAAAAGGUUGGGCAGCAGCUACACCUGCCCCGUCCAGACUCACCUGACUUUUAGGAUGCAGAGCACCAGGACCUGCAAGGGCUGUGGUGAGAAGUCUCUCAAAGAGGAGAACUUCACCAACCUCUCCCUGGACCUGGUGCCUGCAGAGUCAGUGGAGCAGUCGCUGCAGCGAUACCUGGUGGAAAACCAGCUGGAGUAUCGCUGUGAGUGCGGGGCGGACACAUCCGGACAGCAGUGGUCUUUCCAGACGCUGCCAAGCGUUCUGAUCCUGCAUCUGAAGCGCUUCAGGUUCACCCCGGCCUGGACGCUGGAGAAGGUGCAGGACCCUGUUGUCCUGUCCAGAGAGCUGCUGCUGACCCCUGGGCAGUCAGAGGAAGCUGUCGGCCUUGAAAACACCAACAAGGCUGUGUGCCAGUACAAACUAAUCAGUGUACUGAGCCAUUUAGGCCGCACAGUGGAUUCAGGUAAGAUGUGUUCAUUUUGUCAGCAUAUCUUAAAUUGGUCAAAUGUACUUUUACUUCCACAGUUGGGGAAGCUACGCUCGUUGAAGUGAAGAGGUGUGUAAACUGCAUAUUAUCCAUAGUGUUUGUAGACAUCCCAGGUAACAGGGUGUGCUCUCCUCUCAGGCCAUUAUGUUAGCGACGGGGUCUAUCAAGAGGGGGAGGCAGACAGCCAGACAGACCGCUGGCUGUCUUACAAUGACGCGCAAGUCCGUGAGACAACCGGCGAGUCUGUCUGUUGCCUGCGUCGACGGACAGCUUACCUCCUCUUCUACGAGAAACAGGAGUAGAAGAGUGUGAGGUGCUGCAGUGCACUGGAUGUGUGUUCAGAGCAGUAGACUCAGCUGUCCUCUCGGCUGCUGUGCGUCCCGUGGCCCAGAGACUCCCACAUAAGGCAGCAGGAUCUCCCCCUCGCCCCUGCCCACAGGAGGAUGGGCUUCCCCCAGAGAGUCUGGUUCCUCCCAAGGUUUCUUCCUCUCAGAGGGAGUUUUUCCUUGCCACAGUGGCCCCCAGCUUAAAACACACCA